UCCAAAAUGUCGGGCAAGAUAAAUGCAUCCAAUUUAAAAAUGUUAAAUCCACGGAUCCCUAAAUGUGCUCGUUGCAGAAAUCACGGUGUUAUAUCUGGAUUACGAGGUCACAAAAAACAUUGUGCUUACCGAAAUUGCCGAUGCCCGAAAUGCGAACUCAUUCACGAGCGUCAAAGGAUAAUGGCCGCUCAGGUUGCUCUGAAAAGACAGCAAGCUGUUGAGGAUGCCAUUGCUCUUCGACUGGCCUCAAAAGAAACCGGCGCAUCACUUGAAGCUCUUCCACCUGGAAAGAUUUUCGGGAUGACAGUAACAGAACCAUGCAACACACCACCCCCAUCUUCGCCGGCAUCAUCUGAUAAAGAAUCAAUCAAAUCAAGUAAAUAUGAAUCUCAGCUGUCAAUCGCUGCACCCAAUAUAUCGGUUGUAUCACAAACGGCUAUCGACAUGUUGGCGCAAUUGUUUCCGCAUCGGAAAAGAUCUGUCCUGGAACUUGUCCUGAAACGGUGCGAUCUCGACCUUCUACGCGCCAUUGAACAAUGUGGUCCCCAGCCCAGCGCUUUUCGACCACCCACAGCGCAGAUGAUGAGUGCCAUGCAAUCACAGCAACCAGCAAGCCAACAGCACUACGCGCCGUUAAUUGCCUACCCUAAAUGGCUGCUACCAAUGUCGAUUCCAGUGACAAUGGGACACUUACCAAAUUUAGCGCCGCGUUGCACUCUGCCAAAUUGUCCAUGCAUGGAUGCAUACCACAUCAACUGAAGAGGUUAAGUAUU